AAUGCUUUUCCUGAAUUCCUAAAUCAAGUUUGUUGACAUCGGCAACCAGUAACGGAACGAUAGAGAUUAGUACUAAAAUUAAUUGAACACACUAAUUCAAACAAGAUGAGCCAGCGGCCCCCAACUAGUCUCAAUAGACCAAUCACUAGUAGACCAAUUGGCACAGCCAUGGGUCGACAGCCUGGAACAGCAACACGUUUAACCACAGCAAAGAAUCCUACCACGGCAAGGCCAGGAAGUAGAGGAGGCCAAGUAGUGGGUGGAAUAGCUCUGAAUGCACAGGUGAAUGUUGUAGAUCGGCCCACAACCCAACAAGGCUUGGGAGGGAUGAAGACAGCAGCUAGAGGUGGACGACAAGUUCAAGAUAAAAGCUAUUACCUUGGUCUUGUGAGGAGUAAGAUUAAUGAGCUACAUGCAGAGAACACAAAGCUAAACAAUGAAAUUCAAAAUGCCAGUGAAGAAAAUUCCAGUUUUCUUUCCUAUGAAAAAAGGGCUGAAGGGCUUGCCUCUGAGAUUCGUGACUUACAAGGAGAGCUUGGUGACUACAACACUCUGGUUGAUAAACUAACCACAGAUGAAGAUAUUCAAGAUGUUGAGUUUGAUUGUGAAAAUUUGAGAACAGAAAAUGACAGAAAUGCUAAAAGGAUGGAGGAUGGCUUUGAAAUAAAGAAACAGCGCGAGGACCAGAUCCAGAUGUUGGAGACUGAGUUAGAUCAGGAGAAAAGAAUGGCAGACAACCUGGUUAAUGAUAUGGAGUCUGGUGAGAGACAGCGCUACAUGCAGCUGAAACACCUGAAUGAACACCUGUUGAAACAGCUGGAGAAUGGUCAGCAGGAACUGGACAUGCUCAACUCCAAGAUAGAGAACCUACAAGAGGAACUCUCUUUGUCUCAAGUCAAACAAGAUGCAGUACGCCUGUAUGAUCAGAUCCAUGAGCUGGAGGUAAAGAGAGAUGCUUUGAUAGAGGAGGCAAAGACAAGAGGCUCUCCAGCUGAGGAGAGAGAAAAACUCCUGAAACAGGUCAAGGAAGACAAUCAGGAAAUAGCUAGCAUGGAGAGACAAACAAGAGAGAUCCAAGAGAAGAUUGACCAGAUGCAGGAAGACAUCCAGCAGUUAGACCAGGACAUUGAGGAGAACCAGGGUGAAAGGAACCAGAAAUACAAGGAACUUAAAAAAAGAGAAGAGAGUAUGGAUGACUUUUUGAACACCUUUGAUGGUAACAAAUCUGAAGAAAUGAUGAAAAUCUCCCAGCUGGAACGAGCUGUUGUUACCUUGUUGGAGAAUAUGAGUAGGAACAUGGGACGAUUUACCCACCUUCCCACCCCUAAAGAGCUGAUGUCCUUGAAAGCUGACCUCCAGUUUAAGGAAGAUGAGAGGCAAAAAUCUGAAAGGACAACAAUUGGGCUGGCAUCAGAGCGUGAGAAGCUGCAGCAUGACCUCCAGAAGAUGGAACAGUUUGAAGAAAAGCUCAACGAAGAGCUGGUGGUGCUGAGAGAGAAGGUAGUGGAGAUGGAGAAGUCACUUGAUGUUUACUCCGACCUGGACAAACUCAAAGUUGAUUCAGAGGCUAAAAAACAGAAACUGUUGGAAGACAGGACGAUUCUCCUGAAGCGUCGAGACAACUUUAAGAAAAUGAUCCAGUCCUUGACUGUACGUUACGAGGGACUGAAAUCACAGCUGAAUGAAAAUGAAACUUACUCACAGCUGAUUAAUCUGGAGAAGAAAUGGCAGCACCAUGAACAGAACAACUUUUCCAUGCAGGAAUUCAUUUCUCAGCGGACAAAAGAUUGUGACUUUGGUAAAAUCACCAAACAGGUUUAUCGAGUCAUGGAUGAGCUGAACGCAUCCCUUCAGAGCCACCUUGUAACCCGCAAGACUUACUAGAUCUCAAACGGCUAAAUGUUCUAGAUUUUUCUUCACGAAUUUUGACCAUCACUCAACAUUCCCCACUUAUUCAAAGAUAUUUAUGUGGUGACAAUGUACAACACUGUCCAAUCUCAUGUCACAUAUUGUAAAGUGUUGUUUUUAAACUAAACAAAGGUGUUGAAUGUUUAGCUUACACUGUGUACAUACAUUUCCCAUCACCUUCACAUGAUUGUUGUAAAAAAAAAAUAGAGUUGCUAUGUGUCUGGACACGUAUCCGUCCAUUCUUAUCUGUGAUACCAAAUAGAAAAAAUUCACAUCACUUCUUCUGAUGUAUUUAUUGUUCAAAUUUUGUUUCACGUAAAUAAAUUGUCAUUUGAUGAA